ACGGAUGAAGUCGUCGAUACUAUUAAAGAUUGCGUUGGCAAUUUGCAUUAUAUCUCAAUGCAUGCAACAAGCACACAAUUCUUCCAUCUUAGGAAAAGUUUCGGGCAAAGUAGUAAGAGUUGGAGAUGAAUAUGUUCAUGCUUAUUUAGGCAUACCAUACGCAACUCCUCCAGUUAAAAAUUUAAGAUUUCGGGAACCUCGACACGCGAGAGCUUGGAAUUCUGUUUAUAAUGCAACACGGAAACCUCCCGCUUGCAUACAAGAAUUAUUCUUUGAAAGUGAAUGGUUGAAACUUGAUCGAAAAGACAUGAGCGAAGAUUGUCUUUACAUCAAUGUGUGGGUUCCUGCUUUUAAACGGGAUCGGGAACCAUUUGCUACCAUGGUUUGGAUUUACGGAGGUGGAUUCAUUGCCGGCAGCACAAAUCAGGUUAUUUAUGAUGGCUCGGUUAUGGCAUCCAUAGGAAACGUUAUUGUUGUCUCAUUCAAUUACCGUGUUGGCGCAUUUGGUUAUGCAAAUUUUGAACAGGAAGGCGCACGUGGAAAUAUGGGAAUGCUGGAUCAAGUGAUGGCUUUAAAAUGGGUUCAUCGGAAUAUACAGAAUUUCGGUGGUGAUAAGGACUUGAUAACGGUAUUUGGUGAAAGUGCAGGUUCCAUCUCAGUUGCGGAUCAUUUGAUCUCACCAAUGACGAAGGGGUUAUUUAAACGAGCAAUCCUACAAAGUGGAAGUAAUUAUUUGAAAAUUUAUACGGCAGAUCCUAAAGUAAACUUAGAGUUGAUUUCCGAGUUCGCUGAGGAAUUAGGUUGUACAGGAAUAAACAUUUUAAACUGCAUGAGAAAUGUAAACCCUUUUGAUAUAGCAGCCAUAGAAAAGAGAUAUAUACUAAACAAAAAGAGAAUUGCAUGUUUCGUUCCACUUAAGAUGUCUUCGGAUCCGAACCGAUCCUAUGUUAUUGCGUUGGGAAUUUGCAUUAUAUCUCAAUGCAUGCAACAAGCACACAAUUCUUUCAUCUUAGGAAAAGUUUCGGGCAAAGUAGUAAGAGUUGGAGAUGAAUAUGUUCAUGCUUAUUUAGGCAUACCAUACGCAACUCCUCCAGUUAAACAUUUAAGAUUUCGGGAACCUCAACACGUGAGAGCUUGGAAUUCUGUUUAUAAUGCAACACGGAAACCUCCCGCUUGCAUACAAGAAUUAUUCUUUGAAAGUGAAUGGUUGAAACUUGAUCGAAAAGACAUGAGCGAAGAUUGUCUUUACAUCAAUGUGUGGGUUCCUGCUUUUAAACGGGAUCGGGAACCAUUUGCUACCAUGGUUUGGAUUUACGGAGGUGGAUUCAUUGCCGGCAGCACAAAUCAGGUUAUUUAUGAUGGCUCGGUUAUGGCAUCCAUAGGAAACGUUAUUGUUGUCUCAUUUAAUUACCGUGUUGGCGCAUUUGGUUAUGCAAAUUUUGAACAGGAAGGCGCACGUGGAAAUAUGGGAAUGCUGGAUCAAGUGAUGGCUUUAAAAUGGGUUCAUCGGAAUAUACAGAAUUUCGGUGGUGAUAAGGACUUGAUAACGGUAUUUGGUGAAAGUGCAGGUUCCAUCUCAGUUGCGGAUCAUUUGAUCUCACCAAUGACGAAGGGGUUAUUUAAACGAGCAAUCCUACAAAGUGGAAGUAAUUAUUUGAAAAUUUAUACGGCAGAUCCUAAAGUAAACUUAGAGUUGAUUUCCGAGUUCGCUGAGGAAUUAGGUUGUACAGGAAUAAACAUUUUAAACUGCAUGAGAAAUGUAAACCCUUUUGAUAUAGCAGCCAUAGAAAAGAGAUAUAUACUAAACAAAAAGAGAAUUGCAUGUUUCGUUCCACAAAAAGGACUUCCAUAUUUUCCAGAGGAUCCAUUUUAUAAUAUUGAUAUCGGCAAAUUUCACGACGUGGAUGUUUUGAUAGGAGAAACUAAGGAUGAAGGUUCAACUCAAGCAGCCUGGUAUAAGCCAGAAAUGUGGAAUGAAGACAAUCCCAUCCUGUCAAAAUCAGAAGUAAAACACUUUAUAGGAAAAUUCUAUGAUUUAAAUGGUGAACGUCUCGAUCGCCUCUUUGAGGAAUAUUUAGGAAACGUAUCCGAAACAGAUUCCUCAACCAUCCUUCAGCAGUUUAUCAAAACACUAGGAGAUGGAAUAUUUUCUUGUCCUAUAUUGCAUCUGGCUGAAAAACUGUCGAGAUACAACAGGAAAGUCUUCCAUUACACCUUCAAUCACACUCGAUUCCAAUCGGAAGAGAAGGAAUGGGCAGGAGUAAUUCAUUUUGAAGAUGUGUACUUCGUGUUUGGAAUGCCUUUUGCAAGAAGAGAAAACUUUACGUCAGAAGAAGUGCGAUUUAGCAGAAGAAUAAUUGAAUUGUUGACUUCUUUUGCCAAA